CUUACUUUUCUUCAAAGAUGCUUUUAUCACAAGCCUAUUAUCCUUAGCUAUGGAGAAACUUCCAUGUAGCAAAAUUUUAUGUAGCCUAUUUUGAAUUCGUAGCUGCCUUCGGCCUUAAUUCAUGAUUUGAUAUUAACAUGACUUGAUUCUUUCUAAUUGAUUACUUGCAUCUAAAAACAUCAAAUUGGGUUUGUAGAAUUUUUGGACUACGUAGAAAAUCCCGAAUUUCAUAAGGACUUGAAGUCUAUAAAUACCUCCACAUCCCCUUUGGAGACUCCAAGUUUCAACACUUAACUAGAUUUCAGUACUUGCUUGUCGACCUCCCAAACUCUUAGAAAGUUUAAGCUAAAUUACUUCUCUAAUAACUCUUCGAUUUCUAGGUCUCUUAAUUUUCUUAUUAUAUUUUCAGCAUUUCUUUCUCAGUAUUGCUCAUAUGGAAACUCCAAGAUCACUCAUUCAACCUCCAACUUAUGGAAGCCAAAUCACUAUUCUUAGCAUUGAUGGAGGUGGAAUAAGAGGCAUUAUUCCAGGAACCAUCCUUUUCUUUUUGGAGUCUGAGCUUCAGAAGCUGGAUGGCGCAGAUGCAAGACUUGCAGACUACUUUGAUGUGAUUUCAGGGACAAGCACUGGUGGACUCUUGACUGCUAUGCUAGCUGCCCCAAACAAGCAAAACCGCCCUUUGUUUGCUGCCAAAGACAUUAAUGCCUUCUACCUUGAGAACAGCCCUAAAAUCUUUCCUCAAGACGGAUCUCCAUUUGCCUCAGCUGAAAAUCUGAUCAAGACUUUGAAAGGACCAAAAUAUGAUGGGAAAUUUUUACAUAGCAUUGUCAAGGAAAAGUUGGGAGACACACGGUUGCACCAGACCUUGACAAAUAUUGUGAUCCCUACUUUUGAUAUCAAGAACCUCCAGCCAACAAUCUUUUCUAGCUAUCGGGUGAAGAACAACCCAUCCACGGAUGCCCUUUUAUCUGAUAUAUGCAUUGGAACUUCAGCCGCCCCAACUUAUCUCCCUGCUUAUUAUUUCCAAACCAAAGAUCCAUCAGGCAAUGUUAGAGAAUUCAAUCUUAUUGAUGGUGGUGUGGCUGCAAAUAAUCCAACUUUAGUUGCCAUAAGUGAAGUUUCAAAAGAAAUCAAUCGGUAUAAUCCUGACUUCUUCCCCAUAAAACCAAUGGAAUAUGACCGAUUUCUAGUCCUGUCUUUGGGAACUGGUACAGCAAAAUCAGAAGGAAAGUAUGAUGCAGAUGAAGCAGAGGGUAUCUUGGGAUGGUUGACUAGUGGCCAUUCUACUCCAUUAGUGGAUGUUUUUACACAAGCUAGUGGGGACAUGGUUGACUUUCACCUUUGCACUGUUUUUCAAGCCCUUAAAUCGGAAGACAAUUAUCUUCGAAUUCAGGAUAAUACAUUGACUGGAACACUCUCAUCUGUGGAUGUUGCCACCAAAGAGAAUUUGCAGAAUCUUGUGAAAGUGGGUGAAGAAUUGUUGAAGAAAUCAGUAUCAAGAGUUAAUUUAGGCACUGGAGUCUUUGAACCAAUUAAUAAGAUGACAAAUGAAGAGGCUCUCAUAGAGUUGGCUAAAUUACUCUCAAGGGAGAAGCAUCUUCGUGAGGCCAGGUCACCAGUUGGAAAUUAAAUCUACCACUUUAAAAUAAUUUGGCAAUUUGGUUCUUUGUUUCUAGAAAAUUAGUUAGAUGCUAAUAAAUUUGGAAGUAAUUAUUGUACUUAAUUGUUUAGAUUGUAAUUAAGCUUUUCUUUGAAUAAAGAUGCCAUGCACAUGGUAUCGCAUAUGAUUUUAUUUUAUUUUUAUGAAUUUUAAUCUAUAAAACUAGUAUAAAUAGAUUUUUUUUAGUUUGUAUUUCAACAUAUUAUUUGAAAAGAAAAUAUUCAAUUAUAAAGAUUUAAAUUAGAGUUUCUAUA